CCUGGAGGCUAAGCAAGGCCCGGGAAGGUGCUCACGUGUCUCCUCGGUGAUUAGUUUGCUGCUUUCGUCCUAGCAGCCGGCGAGACGCCAGACAUGCGGCGGCCCAACGUCCUGCUCACGGGUACUCCUGGUGUAGGGAAGACUACACUGGGCAAAGAGCUUGCAGCAAGAGUAGGGGCAACAUAUGUUAAUGUGGGAGAUUUGGCAAAAGAAGGGGAAUUAUAUGAAGGCUUUGAUGAGGAAUAUGAAUGCCCAAUUUUGGAUGAAGACCGAGUAAUUGAUGAAUUAGAAGACAAAAUGAAUGAAGGUGGAGUUAUUGUUGAUUAUCAUGGCUGUGACUUCUUCCCAGAACGUUGGUUUCAUAUAGUAUUUGUACUUCGCACUGAAAACUCAUUUCUGUACGACAGACUUGAAAGCAGAGGGUACAAAGGGAAAAAACUGCAGGACAACAUUCAGUGUGAGAUUUUCCAGACUAUUUAUGAAGAGGCAAUGUCAUCUUAUAAGGAAGAAAUUGUACACCAGUUGCCUAGUAACACGCCAGAGGACUUGGAGCGGAAUUUAGACCAAAUUGUACAGUGGAUUGAGCAGUGGAUGAAAGACAACAACUGAAAUUUGAGGAAAAAAGAACAUGUUGAACUUUUUUUCCCCAGGUUAUUCUGGCCAUUCAAUAAAUGAAAUUUGUAAUUGUG